AUGCCUCGUAUACAUCCAUCAGUGUUCGCAAAGGCUCGUGCAAUCAACAAGUCGCUAGUCCCAUUGAUCCCAGUCUGCCGAGAUUUGGGCUCAGCUCGCAAUGAGCUCCGAUGGUUGAAGGAGCACGCUGUGAGCGUGUCAAAGCAGUUGGGCCAUGGAGAGCAUGAAACGAUAGUUGACGGGUACUUGAGAAGGCGUGCCAGAGGAGAGCCUUUACAGUACAUACUGGGGACAGAGUUUUUCGGUAAUCUAGAAAUCAGAUGCCGACCAGGAGUUCUCAUUCCGAGACAAGAGACAGCAGCAUCAAUUUCUCACCUAGCAAACCUCCUGGCAUCUGACCAGACUCUCACCAACGAAUCCAACUCCACCCUGCGCGUUCUCGACCUCUGCACAGGAACCGGCUGCAUUCCCCUCCUCUUCCAUCACGAACUCUACACCUCCAACGCCUCAACAUCCACAACCCUCGAGCUGGUUGGCGUCGACAUCUCCACCAGCGCUCUCUCUGUCGCUCGCGAGAAUCUCAUCCAUCAAAUCGCACACGCAGCUCGUGCACAGCCAACUGCUCACUCCAAGCGAACGAGGUCUCUGAAUCAGAUCGGAUUCGUACAAGCUGAUAUCCUUGCUUCCUCUCCAUCAACCGAGUCAUCAGGUCCACUUCCGUUGAACGAAGCGCUCGGUAGAUUAUACAGUGGGGAGACGGAACCUCCGACUUUCGAUAUUCUGAUCUCAAAUCCGCCGUACAUCUCCCCUUCAGCAUAUCUGCGGACUACCACUCGUUCUGUGCGGAACUUCGAACCAAAGUUAGCUCUCGUCCCGCCCAGUCCUACUCCUUCCUCCUCUGGCGAUGAUGAGACCAUCGGAGACGCCUUCUACCCACAUCUAUGGCGCCUUGCAGAGCAGGUCAAGGCGAAAGUCUGUCUGUUCGAGGUGAGCGACCUGCAGCAAGCGAAACGGGUUGCAGCGAUGGCAGUGGAACAUGGUAAAUGGGAUGUGGUGGAGAUCUGGAGGGAUGAGCCUGGCGCGAGGAGCGAGGCGGUGGAGGAGCUGCAUGUUGGAGGUCGGAGUGUUGGGGUUAGAGGCGCCGGGAAUGGUAGAUCGGUAUUUGCUAGAAGGGGUAUCAAAGCAGAGUAG